GAAGCCUGUUUUCUUCCCUUUGUGUCAUAUCUCUUGUCUGACAUGAAAAUGGGAGCUAUGUCAAACUCAUUCAGGAACUUUUGUUUUGGAAACAGUGAGAAAGCGGACGAUGACGGGCAGGGCGGACGGUGGUGAUGGGUGGUGUGACUGGCCUGGCUGAUGUGCAGAGGGUGCAGCAGCUCUGCAGACUCAUAUCAGCUCCAACAGCGGCAACACACAACCCUGGUGAGAGCCCCUCGUUGACAGGCCUGAUCUAAGGAUGGAGGACAUUGAGGCCCUGGUAGCUCCCAGGCAAGAGGAGCGACCCGUGAAUGGCCCUUGCAGAUGGAAGCCUCCCCCUCAGCGUGCCGAGUCUCAGGUGGUGGAGGACUUCAGGAGGAGGCUCAAGUACUUCUUCAUGAAUCCCUGUGAGAAACACAGAGCCAGGGGCCGCAAACCAUGGAAACUAAUGUUACAGAUACUGAAGAUUGCGAUUAUCACGAUACAGUUAGUCUCUUUCGGCCUGAGCAAUGAGAUGAUGGUCACCUUCAAAGAGGAAAAUCUGAUGACAUUCAGACAUCUGUUUCUCAAAGGUUACAAGGACCAAACCAUGGGGAGAUACGCACUGUACACAAAAGCAGAUGUCUAUGAACACAUCCACUACAUCAUCAAACGGUACAUCAAUCUCCAAAAUCUGACAGCUGGCAAUCAUGCAUAUGAGAGGAUUGACGGGGUGUACACCCCUUUGUCUCUCUGUCAAAAGUGCUACAGGAACUGCAGCAUCUACCCCGGCAAUGACACCUUCAACAUCAAUCCACAAACCGAAGAAGACUGUAUUUCCAUAUACCCUGUGCAGUCAUUUGAUAUUGACAGACACCUGAACUUCUCGCUAGAUUUCAAAAGGCUGCUAUCGGUGAACAUCUACCUUGUUCUGAAAGCCAUCAAUCUGCAGACUGUACGUCACCAUGAGCUGCCGGACUGUUAUGACUUCCAUAUAUUGAUAAGGUUUGACAACCGCGCCCAUAGUGGAAGGAUAAAGGUUGAUGUGGAAAAUGAUGUUAGAAUUUACGAGUGCAAAGACUGGAACGUGACAGGCACUUCAGGAAAGAAUGACCAUCUCCUCCUGCUGUGUGAUUCUCUGGUCAUCAUCGCCUGCUUCACCUCUCUCAUCCUGUGCACAAGAUCUGUCGUUAAUGGAAUCCAACUCCAGUUUGAGUACAGUAUAUUCUUCCAUGUGUACUACAAUAAAAUCGUGUCCUGGUCAGAUCGCAUGGAGUUCGUGAAUGGCUGGUACAUCCUUAUCAUUGUGAGCGACACACUGACAAUUGCUGGGUCGGCCCUCAAAAUAGGGAUACAAACGAAGUACAUGAUGAACUAUGAUGUUUGUAGUAUCUUGCUGGGGACGGCCACCAUGCUAGUCUGGGUCGGGGUCAUUCGUUACCUUGGCUUCUUCAAGAAAUAUAAUAUCCUAAUACUAACAUUGAGGGCAGCAUUUCCAAAUGUGAUCCGAUUUUGCUGUUGUGCUGCCAUGAUCUACCUGGGAUACUGUUUCUGUGGUUGGAUCGUGCUCGGGCCUUACCAUGCCAAAUUCCGAACUCUGGACAAGGUGACAGAGUGCCUCUUCUCACUUGUCAAUGGGGACGACAUGUUUGCAACAUUUCAAAAGAUGAGGGAGAAGAGCUACAUGGUGUGGCUUUUCAGCAGACUCUACCUCUACUCCUUCAUCUCCCUCUUUGUCUACAUGGUGCUCAGCCUGUUCAUUGCUCUCAUCACGGACACCUAUGAGACCAUCAAGCAACACCAGCAAGACAAGUUGCCGGUGUCCCAGCUCCAUGCUUUUAUAGCGGAGUGCAGUGACCAGCCUGACUCUGGGAGGUACAAGACUGAUGAAGAGCCAGCCUCCUGCUGCUUCUCUCGCUGUUGCUGCUUUGGAUAAAUCCUAUGACAGUUCAAUCCUCUCAGGGGAGUGUGAGAAAAACUGGCGUCGUUGCAAGUGGAGGCAGGGGGGUUGACAUUAUGUGACUGAAUGAUACCCCAGUACAACAAAGUCCAGAGUAUUUGAACAGAUUUGCCUGUACACUAUAUAACAUAAAUUCUUUCAAUGUUGUCUAUAAAUGUUUACCAUGGAAUGUUCCUCUGGUCUGCCCAUAGAAUGUAAUUGAUGCUCUAUUUCAUGGAUAACGGACUUAAUGUUCGUUAAUUGUAUUUCAGUUUAUUGCGUUAAUAAACGCAGAAUAUUUGCUAUUUUUUAAUAAAUGCAACGUCCACUA